CACUGCUCUCGACGACGGACUCCCUCCUGACUAGCUUGGCCACGGUGGCAAGGGACUAAAGGUCCAUAUAGUUUAUAUCCAUGUUCGCAUACCCCUGUUAGACGGACCCCUCUCUAUCUCCACCUCGUGCUCUGCUCAAAUAUAGUUACCACCUUUUUCUGGAUAGCUGAGAGACCCUGCGAUCUCCUGCUUUCCAACUCACUACUACACACAUCAUUGCUGUUAUGCUGAAGUUGACAACACGAACAUCUAAGUUUCCUGCUACGUCGCGUUCCCUUUCGGCUCCAGCCCGCCGGAGACGACGAGAUCGAUUCUUACAUUUUGCUAGCAAGGGAUAUGCACUGAUAUCUUUCUUCACCAGAUCUCUCUCAUGUCCAAACCCCGUUCCCUUAGAACGUCUGCACCCCGGAGGAAGGAAGAAGCAGUUCCUCCGGGGUAUGCAGCCGAUCCAACAGAAGGCCCCAUGCUUCGGUUUGAAGCCUCACUGCCGCGUCUGCCAGUCCCACCAUUGUCCUCCACCGCUGCCAAAUACCUGGAGACUGUACAACCUCACCUAACACCUUCCGAAUUCUCCGCAACCCAAUCCGCCGUUCAAUCAUUCUUGCAAUCCGAACAGUCGAAGGUACUGCAGAAGCGACUUCAAGCUCGGGCAACGGAUCCAUCGGUGAAGAACUGGUUGUCAGAGUGGUGGAAUGAUGUAGCAUACAUGGGAUACCGCGAUCCGGUCGUGGUAUACGUCAGCUAUUUCUACGUCCAUAUGGAUGAUAAGAGCAAGCCGGGACAAGCGAGAAGGGCUGCGACUUUGCUGAAAGCCAUGUUGCCGUUUAGAGCUAUGGUAGAGAGUAAACAGCUAGAGCCAGAAAAGGUUCGGGGUGCUCCGCUAUCAAUGGAUUCAUACAAAUGGCUUUUCCAUUCGUCCCGGUAUCCGACUAAACCUUCCGACACGGCGCGAAAGUUUGAUCCUUCCAAGCACAAUCACGUUGUCUUCGUCAGGAAAAACAAGUUCUUCGUUGUUCCUCUCGCUGACGCGAACGGACGCGAAUUGAGUGCAGCGGAAUUGGAAACGCAAAUUGAAAAUGUCAUUCGUCUCGCUGGUAACACUAAAGCAAUACCUGUUGGAGCACUCACAUCCGAGAACCGUGAUACCUGGACUGAUGCACGCGAGGCCCUCCUGGCUGCGUCUCCGUCCAAUGCAGCGUCUCUGGAAGCGAUCGAAUCCGCCAUGGUCAUCGUCUGCCUCGACGACACCAGCCCUAUCACUCGAGAACAAACCAGCUGGGGUUGCUGGGUAGGUGAUGGACGUAAUCGCUUUUACGACAAACAUCAAGUCAUUGUAUUUGAGAACGGCAAAUCUGGCUUCCUCGGCGAGCACUCAUGUAUGGACGGCACGCCUACGCUUCGUAUGACUGAAUUCUUGCUUGCAAGCCUGGUGCAUAAUAAAGUUGACCUCGGACCUGAACGUACACCCGACACGGGCAAGAACCUUGAGCCGCCAAAAGAGCUCAAGCUUGUUUUGGACGCUAAGGUUGAGAAAUACGUUAAGGAGGCUGAGCAGAACUUUGACAAACUCGUCGGCUCGCAUGAUCUCGAGGUCUUGCAUUACGAUAAGUAUGGAAAGGAGCUCAUCAAGAAGUUCAAGGCGUCACCCGAUGCUUGGGCUCAACUCGUCAAGCAACUGGCUUUCCACAAGAUGUUUGGUCGCCCAGGCGUAACGUACGAGAGUGCACAAACUCGUAAAUACCAACUGGGUCGUACGGAGGUCAUUCGCAGUGCUAGCAACGAGAGUAAAGCUUGGGCUGAAGCUAUGCUGAAUCCCAAUGAAACGGACGAGCAUCGUGCGCAGCUGUUCCGCAGAGCUGUAACUCGGCACUUGCAGUAUGCCGCUUGGGCAGCGGACGGACAAGGUGUCGAUCGUCAUUUAUUCGGUCUCAAGAAGGUGUUAAAGGAAGGCGAGCCUCUGCCUGAAAUCUACAAGGACCCUGCGUUCGCACGCACGUCUCAUUGGGAACUCUCAACCUCACAACUCUCAUCUCCUUACUUUGAUGGAUGGGGAUAUGGUGAAGUUGUUCCCGACGGUUAUGGAUUAUCGUAUUCCAUUGGAGACGAGUACAUCCGAUGGACUAUCACUAGUUUGAAGAGACGAACUGCCGAACUGAAGCGUUACCUGGCUGAAGCUGCUGACGAGACCAAAGCUGUGAUGGAGAGAGCCGCUGCUGCAGAAGCCCAGAAACAAAAACCCAAGUUGUAGAUGUUUUUGACGUAUUAGAUUUCAUUUCUAACAUGCAUCUGGAAUGCAUGAGUGAUAUCCUCCGACCCAAUUACAUGAUGUGAAUUUUGAAAUACGCAUUCAAUGGGGAGAUUGAGCGAGGCGUUGAGUGAAGUCCGCUCAAAAUGCGAUGUCCAUACUUUGAAUUACACAAGAAUUACAUGAUGAUC